AUGAGCCGUGCAAGACCUCUCCAAGGCAGUUGUAAUUGUGGUCGCAACCACUAUAUCGUCACUGUCCCUCGAGAUGCCGCUGAACAGGCUGUAGUCUACUUCGACAACAGCAACGAAAGCAGAAGAAGUCAGGCAACUCCUCUGACAGCAUGGCUCCGGGUUCCAUUGACAUGGUACUCUUCAGCCACAACAUCGUACUUCCCGGAUGAAUCACACGCCUCAAUUCGGAGGAUAUUCACGCCAUUACACGCCCCAUCAUCUCAGCGAGUCUUCUGUGGCUAUUGUGGAACUCAUCUCUCGUUCUGGACCGAACAUCCACCCGAAGAAGCAGAGUACAUGAACAUAACGCUGGGCAGUCUUUUGAACGAGGAUCUCCAGGCGUUGCAAGAGCUGGACUUACUACCCGACACUGCAAGCUCAGAAGGCACGGACGACAACGAACAAAUCACCAUGUCCGGAGGUUUGGGACAGGAUAACAGCAACGCGGUGGAGACAUCAACAAAGCAAAAGAUCCAACCAGUCAUACGCACGCAGCGGAGUGGCAGGACUGCAGGUCUGAUGUGGUUCGAGGAGAUGCUAGACGGAAGUCGACUUGGCCGGGUUCAGAACACCAGACGAGGGGCUGGGGUCACCAAUGAUGGGUCGACACGGGUCGAAUGGGAAGUCUCGGAAUACUUUGACGAGGGAAGUGGAGCACCUGACACACCUACCAGCUCCAAGCGCAAAAUAGACGAUGUCGCUCAGGAUGACGAUGUGCGAAUGCAGCACUGA